AUGAUCAUGGCUCUGGCCUUGGCUGCUAAUGGUGUUCAUGCAGGGUGGGAGUAUGCCCAUGCAACCUUCUAUGGCGAUAUGAGUGGUGCUGACACCAUGAUGGGAGCUUGUGGUUAUGAAGAUCUAUUCAAACAAGGUUAUGGUCUUGCAACAACAGCGUUAAGCACUGCACUUUUCGAAGAUGGGUCGGCAUGCGGGGCUUGCUAUGAACUAAGAUGCACAGAUUCACCUUGGUGCAAACAUGGGGCAGGUUCAAUCCGAGUAACAGCCACCAACUUCUGUCCUCCUGACUAUACCAAAACCCAAGGGGUUUGGUGCAACCCACCACAGAAACAUUUCGAUCUCUCCAUGCCAAUGUUCCUCAAGAUUGCAGAAUACAAAGCUGGGAUUGUUCCUGUUUCCUAUCGACAAGUCAUGUGUUACAAACAAGGUGGGAUUAAGUUUGAGAUAAAGGGAAAUUCGUACUGGUUACUUGUGCUUGUGUAUAAUGUUGGAGGUGUUGGCCAAGUUGCUGAUGUGAAGAUCAAGGGUUCCAACAGUAGUAGUUGGAUACAAAUGACAAGAAAUUGGGGCCAAAAUUGGCAGACAUCUGAGCGGUUGGAAGGGCAAAGCUUGUCUUUCCAAGUGACUGCUUCUGAUGGUAAGGUUGUGCAGUCUGAAAAUGUUGCACCACAAAAUUGGCAAUUCAAUACGUCAUAUGAGGGACGUAGGAAUUUCUAUUGA